AUGAUACUCGGCCCCGUCUCCCUCGUCGAUUGCCUCGUCUUUGUCCUGCUGCUCGCGCCGCAGCUACUAUGGCACGUCGGUCUCUUCCGAACCACGGCCGCCGUCAUUCCUAUGCUGCCAUUUCUAGGUCCCACCGCCGCAUCGUCAUCCGUGCCAGGAUUCACAGUCUUUGAGCACAUCGUCAUCCGAUGCGUGCGUUAUGCUUUCAGGAAUUUACCCGCCAGCAUCGGGAGGGUCUUCUUCCACAGGAACGUCGCGCUGCCGUUCCUGCGGUGGCGAAUGAUGCGGCACGGAUACCUGAAAUGCCCCGUCGUCUGGCGCGAGUGCAUCGUCGGUCAGGGCGAAGCAGCCGCCAAGGGUGUCUGGAUCUGGCACGACCCGAAGCAGCCUCCGGACGUAGCUGUUUACUUCGUCCACGGGGGUGGCUUCGCUCUGGGGUCGUGCUACUUUUACCUCGAGUUUCUCUUGGCCUGGCACCACCUGCUCCUCGACGCCGGCUACGGGAACCCUGCCAUUUUUGCCCUCGAUUACACUCUGGUCCCCGACGAGACCUACCCGACGCAGGUGUCGCAGACCGUCGAAGGGUACAGGCACGUCUUGGAGACGGUAAAGGACGGCUCCAAAGUCUGCGUCGCGGGUGACUCGGCUGGUGGCACCUUGAUCCUCAGCCUGCUGCUUGUCCUGGGAUCCGAAUCGACGGCCCGGCGAAGAAAGCAGGUCGAGGCGGGCAUCCUCGACGACGCGUGGGAACAAUCGCCACCCGAAUCGAGCAUGCCUCGCAUGGCCGUCCUGAUUUCUCCGUGGGUCAAGCUCGUGUCCAAUCUUCACUACCCGUCCAAGGUCGACUACUUGGACCGACGCACCCUAAGGAGGUACGCCGUCGACUACGCGGGAGAGUCGAUGCUCGACCAGUCGCCGGCGUCUCCCGGGUCCUGCACGGACGAGAUGUCGUGGAGAGCCGCGAGCCCGCAGCGUGGUUACUUUGUCGUGCUUGGCGACGAAGAGGUCUUCGCGCCAGACAUCCAAGGCUUCGUGCGGCGCCAAGCGAAGAGCGGAAUAGAAAUCGAGGUGCUAAACUAUAAAGGGGGCAUACACGCCUGGCCCGUCGUGUCGCUCUUCCUGUCGAGCACGGCGGAUAGGAGGCUCCAAGGGCUCAAAUCUAUCGUGGCGCAGAUUAGCAGGCGAUCCUAG